AUGUCGGCUCUCCCAGCGCGUCGGUCGAUACUCAACCUUUACUCAUCCAUGCUGCGUGUAUCGCGUAGCUUCAGCUCCUACAACUUUCGCAACUAUUUUGUGGAUCGCACGAAAGACAAGUUCAGACUAAUUCAGAAUGAGAAAGACUCCGCUCGAGUGCAGACCAUGUAUGACGACGCCGUCGCAGAGCUCGCUGUCUUACGAAGAAGUGCCGCUGUAAACCGAAUGUACGGCGGGUGGCGACUGGCAGUGGAGCCAAAGAAAACUCCGCAACACAUUGAGAGCAUAUAG